GUGCGCCGCCGCCCCCUAGGGAGUCGCCGGGGCAGCACAGCUCGCCCAACUUUCCGUCAGGCUUGGCGCCCGGCGCGCCGUCAAUGACGGCAUGCAGGGGGUGGGCGGUCCGGCUCCAAAGGACCCCGCCGCGGCCCGGAAGCGCCUCGUCCAGGGCGGCGGAGGCGGCGGUCGCUGUGAUGCCUGCAGCACUGGGCGGCUGACAGCGGAGUAGGAGCCGGCCCCGGGACCAGAGUCUCGGCGGCCGCUGCUUGAGAGCGGCCUGCGCCAUGGCCAACUCCGCCGCCUCCUCUGAGCAUUUCGAGAAACUGCAUGAGAUCUUCCGCGGCCUCCAUGAAGACCUCCGAGGGGUGCCGGAGCGGCUCCUGGGGAUGGCAGGGACAGAAGAGAAGAAGAAGUUGAUCAGAGAUUUUGAUGAAAAGCAACAGGAAGCAAAUGAAACGCUGGCAGAGAUGGAAGAAGAACUACGUUAUGCACCCCUAUCUUUUCGUAACCCUAUGAUGUCUAAGCUUCGAACCUACCGAAAGGACCUUGCCAAACUCCAUCGGGAAGUGAGAAGUACACCUUUGACAGCCACACCUGGAGGCCGUGGAGACAUGAAAUAUGGUACAUACGCUGUAGAGAAUGAGCAUAUGAAUCGGCUACAAUCUCAAAGGGCAUUGCUUCUGCAAGGCACUGAAAGUCUGAACCGGGCCACCCAGAGUAUUGAGCGUUCUCAUCGGCUUGCCACAGAGACUGACCAGAUUGGCUCAGAUAUCAUAGAAGAGCUGGGGGAGCAACGUGACCAGUUGGAACGUACCAAGAGUAGACUGGUAAACACAAGUGAAAACUUGAGCAAAAGUCGAAAGAUUCUCCGUUCAAUGUCCAGAAAAGUGACAACCAACAAGCUGCUACUUUCCAUCAUUAUCUUACUGGAGCUAGCCAUCCUGGGAGGCCUGGUCUACUACAAAUUCUUUCGCAGGCAUUGAACCUCCUACAGAGAGAGAAUAAAUUCCAGGUAAGGACCGGAGACAAUGAGUGCCAAAGGAGCGAAAGGAAAUUCAGUGAGGCUCAGAGUAGCCAAGGAAUGACCCCUACACACCUCACAUCAGGUAAAGUUUUUACCAGCACAGUUGUGCUAUUUUUGUUGUUGUUCUCUCCUUAUUGGCAUACAGGUUUUUUUGUAAAAUUGGUAAGGAAGUGUCUAAUGGUGAAAGUCCCCUAUCUUAGUCCCCAGGCUUGACUACUCUGUCCUUGCAGACCUUUAUGCAUAAACAUAAUGUAUAAUAUUCUUUAAAAUAAGGUUGUUAGCGUAAACUGCUGUAAUGAGCCCUCCCCAGAACAAUGGCUUCAACACAAUAGAUUGGUUUCUUGUUCAUUUAAUGCCCCUGUGUUCUAGGUCAGCAGAGCGCUUUCGUUCAUAUGAUUCAGAGACCAGGCUCCUGGCUCGUGGCUCUGCCACACCUUGGGCUUUGCCAUCUCGUGUGGCUAAGGUUAAGUCUCCCCAGGUUCAAGGCCGCAGGAGAGGGAGAAAGUAUUGAAGGCACACCUCUACAUUUAGAGGCCCUGGCCUACAAGUGGCACAUUAUCCCUGCUCACGUGGCACUGGCCAGCAAACGCAGGUCUACCUUCCACCCAGAAGAGGAUGAGAAUGGACUUCGGCAGACAGUUAAACCUGUGUCACAGUGAGUACUUUUAAAUUCUACUGCCAUAACCUUUAAGUGAUUAAGAACUCAAAAUACAAACACUUAUGUUGCUGAUCCUAUCUUUUGAUAAACCAGACUGUUCCAGUUCAUCACAGAGCUGAAUGGGCAAAUUUACCACGCCGUCCUCAUGUAGCCUCUUAGCAGCUUUCUCUUCUAAUGCCUACCAUACUGAUAGCAUUGUAGCACCCAGGGACUCACGGAGUAGAGCCCAAGAUUGGUUUCUAAAAAGAAAAUAAGGGCCUGAAAGAAGGAAUGCACAUGCCUUGUUUGGAAACAGUUGAACUAUUUAAUAGAAAUGAGAUGUCUGCAUACUGGAGCAAUGAGACAUGAGGUUGUACAGAACAUGAAUUGUGACUCAGGCCAGUUCUUGAGAAGUAGGGAGGCUGAUGGCAGGUUGACCUUCUGUAAGAGCAGGAUGAACUGAGUAAUAAUGAAGCUAUUACUUUAUCCGAGUGCCAUGUAUGGCAAAUUCUUCUAGUCUAGAAGACCCAAGAAAGGGUCUCACUAAUUUUUAAAGAAUUUUGAAAUAACAGCGAAAAGAGUAAACAUUGUAAUAUCAAAUAUCUGUCUGUCAUGCUUGAGGGAGCUGUCCCUUUCUCAAGCUUUUUGUGCUCAAGUCAACUCAUCUGCAAGUCUAGAUCAGAUGAGGCAUAAUGUUUCAUUGCUGCUCUUUCUUCUCUUAGAAAGCAUUGUAGGACGAAAUGAACCUGAAACUUCAAGGAAGCGUCCAUGACAAAUAGAUCUGGAAUCAACUUGAAAGGGCUCUCGUUUUUCACUUGCAGUGGGGGAAGAGUCAAGCUCUGUUUAUACUGGCACAGCCUCAUUGUUUCUCUCCCUGGUGCUGGUAAUAAAAAUACACUGACGACUACUCUGAUCUUUUAGGCCUGGAAGUUACCUUUGGCCUUGAUAAAGCUCUCAGGUUCCAUCGGAGUGGAAUGAGAACACAAGUGCAUCAACAGAAUGAUGCAACCGGAAGAAAUCAAAACAGCCCUAUCUGACCUUAGCAAUGUCUGUGGACAGCACUUCUAUUUCAGGGCCCUCAUCACCAGUGAAUCCCCGAAAAGGUGCCAGUGACAGGAAAGAAGGAAAAGGAACUGUGCUAGAUGCGUUUUUAGUGGUAGCUGCUAAUCCUCACUUCCUCUGCUGGUAUCGUUACCCACAUACUUCAGAAGAAAUUCAGCAAAGUUAAAUCGCUCCAACUGUUGAGAGCAAGCCUGAACUCUCCUUUGGUUAGAGCCUCACAUAAGAAUGAUAUGAGUGGGCAGGCGUUUUUUGACUUUUCCCCCUUGCUGUUCUACUUACAGGCAGCUCCAGCUGCUCCCAAGGCUCCCAGCAAGUCAAGACAGGUGGGUUCUGAAGUGAGCUGGCACAUGGGUGAAUCUGCCAAGCCACAGGUAGCCCACUGGCAGAAUAUUAGACUUGGAGAAAAGCUAGGGGUCUAUUAGCAUACAAUUCUUUUCAAACUGUUCCUGAAGAGGACGGAAUGUUUAUGACUUACUGGGAAUAACACAGGGAAACCUGCAGAAAAACAAAGACAGAUCUCAUCUGGUGCUAAUACUGAUGGUUCUUAAAGUUAUAGGCUCAAAUAUUGGACAUGGCAGAUUUUGCCCUAAAGGGAAUUCUCGGUAUUUUAAAGGAAUGCACCUGCUAAUUCUUAGAACCUCAAAGUCGUACCUGGAAGACCAGCAUACUGAAAACAAAGUGGCAAUGUUACUGGAAGUCUAAACCAGGAAAAGAAAGCUAGAGUUAAUUCAGAUCACUUGAAGUAAGCAGAAUUUCUCUUACCCCCAAAUGUGAUUUGGGUAAUAACCUUUGAAGAGACUUACAAGGUAAACUCAUUUGGCUACCACCAAUAAAAUGCAGGGGUCUGAAUUCUAUUUAGUGCACUUAACUCCCAGAGGCUGUACGACCUCAAGAACCACGUGUCCUGGGGGUAUCUGAGGAUAAGCUCUUUGCUUCCUUAGACCCAUCCUCCAAAAUAAGUUUGAUGCUUUAGGGAAAGAAAUCCUAUCACGCAAAUAACACUAUUUGUUCUAGUUCACUACUUCGGAGUCCCUCAGAAGACUGCUCCAACCAGUGCUCUCAACAUCUCCUUCCUCCCCACCCUGUUCUCCUGUUCACCCGGAGGUGUUCUCAAAGGCAGUGAAGACCACAGCUAAGAAAGACAGGGGCAGGGAGUGUGGCACUGGGGGUUUGAGGACGGACAGUGACCCCAGGCAUCCAGGCCAGUCAUUUCAGACAUGUCUAUCUAACAUAUACCAGAGUUAACCUCAAGAACAACUGGUACAGACAUGGUGUUAAUAGAUGCCUUUGCAUAAAUGUGAUCCCUGAGUUAAAAAAAAUACAAAUACAAAACAAGCUCAAAAGUUUGGCUCAAGACAUAUAAUUGAGAUGACUUGCAACACCAUUGAUAUACACCAUUGAUUUGUUUCCUGCUAAUUGGUAACCAGCUAAAUGUGUCCUUCUGGCUGAAGGAAGGCAGUGUAUCACCUGCUAAAGACAGGCUUAGUAAGGGAUGCCCCUGUGACCCCAACUCAUGUCAACCCUCCAAGCACCUCUAGAUCACGGUGAGCCAGCUCAGGCUUUCUCCGGCAGACUGUCGGCUGAUGGCACUUGGCAGCCUGGUUCCAGCCCAGGCAGGGGCGGAGAUAAGAGGAGCGUUCCUCUGGCUUUGUAAGUCACUGCAACAUAACCAUUUUCUCUCAUUUAUUCAGAACAGGAUGGUUAAACUUUAGAAAAAACAUCUGCUGUUAACAUGCUGACAAAACUUCAGCUACUCCAAUACCUAACCACAGGAACAGACAGUGACAAUCCUGCAGGAUAAAAUAUCGCUCUUCAAAACGUGGUUUUUUUCUUUUUAAAAUUCUUGAUGCUCCACCUUGUUCCAGAAAGGAUUUAAAGGGAGACAGACACAACAGACUAGUGACUACAGCUCUGCCAAUGAACAGUCCUGAUGUGCAGCUCCCUGCCCCAGACCUGAGCUAGCAUCCUGGUGAGCCUCCCAAGGAACCUCAACAAACAGGUGGACCACAUUCCCUACUAUUCUGGGCUGAAAGCAGAGUGCACUGCAGAUGAGUGGUCAUGGUGGGUCAACUUGCCACAACAGACGCAAAGGAAACAAUCCCUGUCCUUUGGUCCCCAACUUCCAAGAGGAGUCAAGAGUCCAGCCAAAUUCAGACUCCAAGUUUGUCCCACCUCAUGCAGUUAAUGAGGAUUAAAAUGAGAUAACAAGGAAAAGCCUACACGUACCAAGGGUUACAUCAUUAGUGCAACUAGAUGAGGCGUCUUUGUGGUUUUUCUCCCCACCCUACCCUUUUCCUCAAAACGGAUGUUGUAAUCAAUCUAAGACUUCCCAAAACCUCUUUGUAAUAUGACUGUCAUUUUGAUAAGAAUGAGUUUUUGGUAAGAAGUAGCAAACAAACACAAGCCCACUAAUUUCCCACCGAAAUGGCUCCUAAAGAGUCCAACAUUCUCACACAGCUUGAAUUUUCUACCUUCCCUAUAAGAGCAUAAAGGCCUGGCUAAUGUCACUUGGAACACCCAGGUCUCUGAAAGCCCUCACCACAAUGCCACACCCUGCUGUGACUCAAUUUUCAGGUCACACAGGAAGGAAUUUUCUACUUCUCUUUCUGUUCGGUGGUUCUGGUCUCUAAGGGUGGAGGAGGGAGCCAGGAAGAUGCUGUUUUUCUUUUCAGAUCUUACCAUUAUCACACCUGCUGUACAAACACACCCACACUACCAAGAGAGCUUGGUCAUUAAUAGAGAGGGACACGUAAAUGUAUUCAAGGAUUAAAUUAUUUAAACCAACCACAGUAAUCCCUUAGGCUCUAGGCCUCUGAAUGGUGCCAUUUUGGGUAUUGAAGAAAUCACGCCACUUCUGUCUAAAGCAACUAGAGGUCAGCCUUACUUGAAGCAGGCAUCAUCAGACUGGCCGUCAUCACUUGCCAACAUUUAGCUCAACUAAAUUCACCUGGUACCCAAACACCUUAUAUGAGUUAAACUAUUUGAUAUAUGACAGCUACUCAUUGAGUCAUAUAUUUUAUCCAUUUUUAUCCGUUUUUUUCCUUUAAUGGAGGUACCGGGGAUUGAUCUCAGGGCCUCAUGCAUACUAAGCAUAUAUUUUUAAAAUCUGGGAAACCAGGUGGCUUCUGAGGAGCAAACCAUUUUGAGAGAAAGGAAAUAGUGACCUGGGAGAAUCCCAGAGGUCACGAUGUGAAUGAAGUUCCAGGAGAAAGUUAGGAUGCUCUGUCUCCUUUUUUCCUUCAACAGAAGCUGACUGUGUGCCUGGCUGCAGCCUUCAAGGAGCUCCCAGCCCAGUGAGAAGACAGAUGGGGAAAGCACAGCCUGGUGCGAACUUCUGUGGUGCAGCUGUGCACACAGUGUGACAGGAACCGAGGAAGGUGCUGACUCAGACCCAGGAUGAGCCAGGAGGACCUCUCAGAAGAGUCAAUAUCUGAAUCUUGAAGGUUUUAGUCAGGAAUCAAAGGAGACAGGGGAAAGGCUUACUGAGCAGAAGAGACAUGAUACCUCGGGCCCUGCGGAACAGCGCACAGUCCCCCUGAGCCCAGGGUUCACCCGGGAGGACUGCAGAGAGAUGAGGCAGGAGGCGGCGCUGGGCCAGAUCCUAAAUGCAGUAGGGAAGUGACGAGUCAGAUCUGCACGGUAGAUCUAGUGAUCAGGUGGCUUGUGGGAAAUGGUCCUGGCCUGCAGAAGAGCAGCUCCUGGGGGCUGUGAAGACAAGGCAGCAGGAGAGAAUGGAAGAGAUUCCAGCAAUCCUUAGAGGGGCUGUAGAGAAGAGAGAAAGGGUUUGCCCUCCGGCUUUCUGGCUCUACUAUCACCAGAGAUGAGAAAGACCACAGGGGAAGAGAGUGGAGAUGACGGUAAGUUCAGUUUUGUAUACGUUGGCACUGGGGUGUUAGAGACUAUCCGGUUGAUAAUACAUGGAAACAAGUUAAUGGCUCAGUUCUAGGCAAUAUUCAAUGGCUGAUAACACCACUCCCAGUGAAGUGUACACCACUACCUAUGAAGCAGUAUUACCAGAAAAAAAAAAAUUGAACCUGUAUGACACCAAGGAUCUAUCCGAUAACCAGUUGACAGGAAAUAGAGAGGACAGAAGGUCGUGGCACAGGAUGCCAUAGGGAUGCGAUCUGCAAAACCCAAGCUGAGAUUCUGCAGACAAGUGACCUAGUUCCUUCCACAGACCAACUGCAAGGAAGAAGGAAAAAAACAGAGGAGGGGCCUAUAAAGGACUGAGGAGAUAUCAAUUAAUACUGACCUUACUUGGAUCAGAACUCAAACUGAAAAAUAAACACAAAAAGUUUAAGCCAACUGGACAAUGUGAACUUAACUGGUGUAAGGACGGAGACAACUUGAAAAUUGACUUAAUUAUCCUUGUUGAAAAGAAGGGUAAUGACUUCACCCGCCUCCCCUAUCAUUUCAGAAUGUCUUUCUCUGUCCUUUUCAAAUGUAGGUAAUUAAAAAAAUUAAUCUUUUUUUCUUUUCGGGUGGGGGGAGGUAAUUAAACCUACUUAUUUAUUUUUGGAGGAGAUGCCAGGGGUUGAACCCAGAACCUCGUGCGUGCUAAGCAUGUGCUCUACCACUUGAGCUACACCCCCCGCCCAAUUGUAGGUGAUCUUUACAGUGACUAAAUAAGCCUCACAACCCAAGAAUGUUUCCUUGAAGACCUGGGAACCAUCUUUUUGAAAUGCAAACAUCUAGGGCUCCCACCUCCCAGCCCUCCUGGCAGACUAGGAGGCUAACUUCGGGGCAUGGUUGGUGGGCCUUUGCUCCAAUUUGAAAAAAACAAAACAAAAGUGACCUCCUGCAUUAAGAUAUGAGAAGUUAAUUUGCUCCCCCAGACAAAGCCAAUCAACUAACAGGUGGUCACUCCAACUUCCAUGAUAAAGUUAGGGUGAGUUACAUGUGAUAAAAAGUGUUGUCAAAGGAGAACUAGUUAUCAUUAAUCUUGAAAACAUGGAAUGAGUUGCACCUGCUUGGCUACAGAAACGAAUAAGGUUUAUCUUUGGGAUCUUUUAGUAAAUUGCCAGAUUUAAUGCUUAUUCUAUAAACUGUUUUCUUUUUCUACCACCUUUGUGGAUAGGUUCUUGGUUUGGAGAAUAUUUUUUAAAUUAUAUUUCCCCAAUACUAGGUAUUUGAUAUUAACUUAUUUUAGGUGUGAUAAUGGUAUUGUAGUUAAGUUCUAAAGCAUUCUUGUAUUUUGAAGACAUAUAAAAGUGUUGGAGGUAAAUCUCUGGAUGCAUCAGCAUACAGGUGACAGGAAAUGGACAGACUGCCAACGGAGGUAGCAUAAAGCAAGAGGAUUGAGGGCAGAACCCUGAUGAAUACCAACACGUAAGGGGUAGGAAGCAGAAGAUCUAGCAAAGGAACCUAAAACCAGAAGAGCACAGUGUCAGUUUCAAUAAGGAUGAAAUGGUUAAUAGGGUCAAAUGUAAAAGUUGCAGGGGCCACCGUGUUAGCAAGUAGGUCAGAGAGCUCAGCAACAGUGAUGCAGUGAUGGCCCAGGACCCCAGAUUAUAGCAAGCCGAAGUGUGAAAGGCAGUGGGGAGGCCGAGAUGGUGGCUAACAAAAUAACCAGAUGAGAGCUACGGCUACAUACGGCAGAAGGGGAUAGGAGGUGGGGGUAACUAUCCAAGGGACACGGUAGUAGAGAGAAACUGAGAAUCAAGGGGAGAGAAGGAAUAAGUGCCAGAGCAAGGGCACUCAGAAGGCAGGAGGGGAUGGGAUCUAGAGCACAGGGAGAUGGUGAGGCUGAGGGUCACUUACCGGAACAUGGCCCCUGAGAAAAGAGACUAAAUUCACCAUCUUCCCUUCUAACUGGCUGUGGCCAUGUGACCCACUGCGGCCAAGAGGAUAAGCAGUGGUGUCCUGCAGCAACUUCUUGGGAACCUUCCUUAAGGGAAAGCACAAGUUCUCCCUUUGCCCGGUUCUUGGUUCAUUCUUACAUCCUGAUGCCAGAAAUGAGGCCACAGCCAUCUGGGACCAUUAGAUGGAGGCCUUGCUGGUAGUGCAGCAAGGUGAGAAUCUAGUUCUGAACUUCAAGGAACGAAGCCUCCAAACCAGCUGUGGACUUCUCUCUAGACUAUUUCCUGGAGAUUGAAAUGAAUUAUUUUUCUUAAACCACUGUUAUUUUGGGCUCUUAUCAUGUGCAAGCAUACUCACCUCCCACAGGGAGGACCAGAUACCUCAUCCUCUCAGGAGAGGCUAUAGCAUCUCUGUCCGUACAACUAACUGGGGGGUAGGGGAGAAGAGCUGUAUGUUAAGAGUUCAUAUCUGUGUUGGAAGAACAGAGCCUGGAGGAUUAAGGGUACAGACUUUAAAUAGCUGUCUUGGAAAAUGUGAGCAGAAACACGAGGAACAGAGGACUUUCAGAAGUUGGAGACCAUACAUUUAUGACGGUGCUACUCAGUUUCUUCAGCCACGUUAAGAGGGGAGAAGGCUGCGGAUUGCACCAGCUGAGGGGCUAGGUUGUAUAUGGCAAGAAAUAAGCUUCUCAACGACUUCUACUGCUGACUGUGUGACCUUCAGGCCAUACUUUUUCCAUCCUCAACUUUUAUUUAUAGAACAGUGUGCUAAGUGACACAUUGAAAAAUUUUUUUCAAGCAUGCAGCAUUAUGGUGUCCCUCUCUGUAGCACAGAGAAGCUACCACCUCAAGUGACCUUCCUUGUUCAACACAUAUUCUAACCUAUUUAAAAUUUUUUCCUUUUUAAAUUUUAAAUUGUGGUAAAAUACAGAUGACAAUAACCAUCUUAGCCAUUUUUAAGUGGUAUUAAGUACAUUCACAAUGUUGUGUAACUGUUACCAUUCAUCCAUCUCCAGAACUCUUUCCAUCUUGCAAAACUGAAAUUUUGUACCCAUUAAACUGUACCUCUCUCCCUCUUUCCCCAGUCUGUGAACCACCACUCUGUCUCUAAAUUUGACGACUCUGGCAUACUUUAUAAGUGGAAUCAUACAAUAUGUCUUUUUGUGACUGGUUUAUAUCACUUAACACAAUGUUCUCAAGGUUCCCCCAUGUAAACAGCAUAUAUCAGAACUUCCUUCCUUUUUAAGGCUAUUAUUCCAUUGUAUGUAGGUACCACAUUUUGUUUAUCCAUUCAUCCAUCAACGGACACUUGGGUUGCUUCCACCUUUUGGCUAUUGUGGAUAAUGCUAUGUGUGCAAUGAUAUGGGUGUACAAGUAUCUCUUCAUAAUAGUACUUUCAAUUCUUUUGGACAUAUGCCUGGAGUAGAAUUUCUAGAUCGUAUGUUAACUCUAUUUUUAACUUUUUCAGGAAAUGCCAUACUGUUUUCCACAGUACCUGGAUGAUUUUACAUUCCUACCAACAGUGCACAAGGGUUCCGAUUUCUCCAUAUCUUCACCAACAUUUGUUAAUUUUUUUGUGUUAUCAUAAUAGGUGUCAUUAUUUGCUUUUAUGGUUAAGAAUCAUAUAAUAGCAAGAGCCUAGCACAGUGCCUAGACCAUAGUAGAUGUUAGGUAUCAAGCAACUUUUAUUACAUAAGAUGUGAGUUAAAUUCUUUGCUGCCUUUUUCUAAACAGGAAAGAUAUGGUUAUAUUGAAAUUUGCCAAAUCCCAGUUAUCUAUAAUAGACUUGCCGAUAUUCAAGUUUGUCAGUGAUGUAUGCUUUUGUCAAGACAUUAGCAAAUCACUAAUUCCAGAAGAGCUUUAUCACGCUCCAAACAAAAACCAAUACCCAUUAGUGGUCACUCCCCAUUCCCUCUCCCCACCCAGUCCCUGGGAAUCACUACUCUGCUUUCUCCUUGGAUUUGCCUAUGCUGGACAUUUCAUAUAAAUGGAGUCAUAUAAUAUGUGGCCUUUUGUAUAUCUGCCUUCUUUCACUCAGUAUAAUGCUUUCAAAGUUCUUCCACAUUGUAGCAUGAAUUAGCAAUUCAUUCCUUUUUAUAGCUCAAUAAUAUUCCAUUUUUUGGAUAUAUCACCUUUUUCUUAAAAACAAAUCUCCGAAAGGAACCCUGAUUUCUGGCUUUAUUUGAAAACCUGGAGAUGAGUAUAGCAAGGCCCUCCCCUUCCCCCAUGACAACCACUGGUGAGACCUCAGUAACAGCUUUUUGUUCCCUGAACAUUCCAGGCCUUUUCAUCUCAGGGUCUUGGCAACUUUAUUUACUGCACUUACCCUCUGCCUGAAAUGCUUGUCUCCCAGAUAUGCACGUGGUGUCUUUGCUUACCUCUCAAAGGUCUGCUUACAUGACCUCUUCUCAGUAAGGCCUCCCUACCUACAUCUACAGUGCUUAUCCUACCCUCAUCCUUGCUUUCAUUUAUUUUAUAGCAUUUAUUGCAUCUGUCAUAUUGUUAUGUUUUACUCAUGUCUGUUUCCAACCACCCCUCAUUAGAAAGUCCCAUGACAACAGGUAUUUCUGGCUUGUUCACUAUUGUAUCCCUAGUACCUAAAACCUAGUAGUGCUCACAUUUUUUGAAUAUACAAGGUAAUAAAUGAACUUGUUACAGUUUUUAGUGACUAAAGCUGCUAAGAAAAAUAAACCUAAAAAUGAUAUUUAAACA